AUGCAAAGGAUCCAAUGGUUAGGACACGCGAUGCAGAGAAGUGAGGAUGAUAUAAGUAGAACAAUCCUAAACUGGAAACCAAUGGGAAAGAGACCGCGAGGAAGACCCAGGAAAAGGUGGUUGGAUGUUGUGGAAGAAGACCUUGAAAGAUUGGGAGCUCAAAUACUUCACAAAAAUGGCAAAUCAUUUGAUUCCAAGCGGACUACUAAUCAAAAAAUUAAUAUGUUAAUGAACAAUAGAAUAGAUAGUGUUAAACACUUAUUUCCUAACGAACCUGUACCACUCACAAGAAACCAAAUAAGUGACUGGUUAAAACAAGCACCAAGGAGAAAAUGA